UCACCCGAUACGCUUGCUUUUGUUUCCAUUUUCUCGUGCUCGAUAUUUUCGCGAGAAAUUUGCGGGAUGGAGGGGACGGGAAAGGUGAAGAAGGGUGCCGGAGGGAGGAAAGGAGGCGGUCCGAAGAAGAAGCCGGUUUCCCGGUCCGUGAAAGCCGGUCUACAGUUCCCGGUCGGAAGGAUCGGCCGGUAUUUGAAGAAGGGCCGAUACUCGCAGCGUGUCGGAACAGGCGCGCCGGUUUAUCUUGCUGCUGUUCUUGAAUAUCUCGCAGCUGAGGUUCUUGAAUUGGCGGGAAAUGCAGCACGUGACAACAAGAAGAACAGAAUCAUCCCGAGGCAUGUGCUAUUGGCGGUAAGGAAUGAUGAGGAGCUGGGAAAGCUUUUGAAAGGUGUUACAAUUGCUCAUGGAGGAGUCUUACCCAACAUCAACCCUGUCCUUCUCCCUAAGAAGACUGGAGCUGCAGCUGAGAAGGCAGGCAAAGAGCCUAGAUCCCCAUCCAAGGCUGUCAAAUCCCCUAAGGCCUGAUUCUAAUUCUCUCAAAGGAAAAGAACCUUCUCUCACCACCUUUGUAUGUAAUCAAUAGGGGUUAGUGGUUUUCUUGUUGUAGGAGAGGGUAUCUUCCCUUGCUUUCUUAAUGACAUCAUCUUCAUGUCCUUGUGUUUGAAUGAUACUGUUUCCCCCCUUUGUUAAUGACAUUGGAUUGCAUUUUCUUCUUA